AUGGCUGGUCCUGAAUAUUGCGAUUUUUGUCUUCCUCAAGCAUAUCUUGUUAAUUAUUUUAAAGCAUUCACUGUGAAGCCACUUUUUUUUAAUCUUAAUCAACAAAAUGCUUAUCAUAUAGAUGACUAUCUAGCUGCAAUUGAUCAUUCUUUUAAACAAAUUAAACAGCUUCUGCAACAAGGGGGUGAUACAAAGAUAAAGCUUCGAUUGAUACGGCUCUUGGUUCUCAUCAGCCUAAAUGAAUCCACUUUUGCACAGAAGAUUUUUGAUCUUUUCAAUCAUUUAAAUAAUAAAAUCUCUUCUCCUAGGGCUAAGAAAUAUCUUUCUGAGGAUUAUAUGAAAAACAGCUCACCUUUUCACCUUAUGAACAUUUUGAGUGAAGACUUAAGUGACUAUGGCCUUGACUCUCUGGUCAUUGUCCAUUACAAUUGUGGAGGCACCUCCAAAUUUUCCAACUAUGAGAGCCAAGAUAUUGUGAAACUUACAUACUCUUCUAUUAAGGAAUUUCACUUUGCUCUUCAACAAAUUAUAUCACCAGUAGCUACCAGCUCCAUGUCUGUCACUAUUACUAAUGAAGAUGAGGAUAGUGAAAUUACAUCAUGGUUUCAACAGACCAAUGAAUCUGCCACAAAAAUCCAAACUUGGAUUCGUCAUGCUCUUGAACAAAAGAAGCGUGACCACAUACUAAUACAAUAUGAAAAUUGA